GUUACAUCAGGGUGAAUAGUGGGGUUCAACAUUGGGCUACGCUCGGGACUGAAUUCGGCUCUAAACACAUUUAUGGACCUCUAGUACUAAUGGCUAUAAAUAAUGGUGGAAAAGGACGAAAGAAAACCAGUACUGAAAAGCGAAAUGGCACCAUCCAACUCCACCAUAAUGUUUCUUUCAUAUUGUUUUCUCUUGGUUUUUAUAGUUGCAGGAAAACGAAGUGCGAUAGAGAGAAGCGAAGCCAAAGCAGAUGCCAUAGCCCACCACUAUCAAACAGUCAAAUUAAGCUCUUUCUUAUCAUCUUCUAUUUGUAGACCAUCCACUAAACGUGACAAGAAAUAUGGAUCAUUAAAAGUGGUUCACAAACACGGACCAUGUUCCAAGUUCAGUAAAAACAUUAUAAAACCCAUAACCAUGGAAGAAAUAUUGACCCACGACCAGUCCAGAUUUGACGCAAUCAAAUCAAGGUUGACAACCACCACCACCACUCGAAAAAAAGAUAUCAAAACCUCCAUGGCAACCAUGCCUGCAACAUCCGGCAACCUAUUCAAUUCCGGCAACUACAUAGUAACAAUUGGAAUGGGCACCCCAAAGAAAGAUCUUUCACUCAUUAUGGACACAGGAAGCGAUUUAACAUGGACACAAUGCCAACCAUGCUCAGGCUCCUGUUAUAGCCAACAAGAUCCCAUGUUUUCACCCUCCUUAUCAACUACCUAUUCCAACAUCUCUUGCACAUCAACGGAGUGCUCAUUACUUCCUUCAGCCACUGGAAACCUUCCCGGUUGUAGGUCGUUAACAUGUGUCUAUGGUAUUCAAUAUGGAGAUGGGUCCUACUCAGUUGGAGAGUUUGCAAAAGAGAAACUUACAUUGAGUAAAAACGAGGAAUUUGAUAAUUUCAUGUUUGGAUGUGGCCAAACCAAUGAAGGAGACUAUGGAACAGCUACAGGGCUGCUUGGACUCGGUAGUGGCAAACUUUCAAUUGUGUCACAAACUGCUAAUAAAUACGGGAAAGUCUUCUCUUAUUGUCUUCCAUCAACAGAUAGCGGUAGUGGUUACCUAACAUUUGGAAAAAGUGGAAUUUCUAGAAAUGUUAAGUACACACCGUUGUUAACCUCUCUAGGGAGUAGUACUUUCUUUAAUGUUAAGUUGGUUUCUAUGACGAUUGGUAAUACAAGAAUAGCAAUGAGAUCGAGUAUGAUCAUGGACUCAGGAACUGUUAUCACAAGGCUCCCUCCUAAGGCGUACUUGGCUCUUAGAAACACGUUUCGAGCAGAAAUGACGCGAUACCCAUUGACUAAACCAUUGUCGAUACUUGAUACGUGUUAUGAUUUAAGUAACCAUACGGAUGUUAGGAUGCCAACGAUAAGCAUGGGUUUUGGUCAGAAUGUAAACGUGGGUAUUCAACCUCAAGGGGCGCUUAUUGCAACUAGUCGUGAGAAAAUGUGCUUGGCUUUUACUGGGAAUGACGAUGAUUCUGAACCUAGUAUAUAUGGGAAUGUUCAACAAAUGACAACGCAGAUUGUGUAUGAUAUGGCUGAAGGAAAACUAGGAUUUUCUCCUCAAGGAUGUGAGUGAACACAAGUUAUGAAAAACAUACAAGGAUGCAUUGUUAUGAAGGCUUUACAUAUACUAUUAUAUUAAUAUUGUUGGAAUAAGGCCUCUGUCAAUCUGUAACUUUAUAAAUGAUAAAAGUACACAAGAAUUAUAAAGUACUAGUUAAUCAGUAACAUUGAAAUUGUUAAUUUUCAUUAUACGCUAAUUGUAUAUGCCUCUUGAUCAAUCGGUUUGUUGUCAUUUGGAUUGCGGGAUCGGUUUGUUGUAAUUUAGAUUGCGGAUAUGAAAAAUACCCUUUGUUUAAGGAAUUGUGUAU